CUGUGACUGAGCUCCCUCCUGGCAGAAAGAGCAGGGGACGAGGGGAGACAGAGUGUGUAAAGGAAAGCCUCACAGGGGUGAGGAGGAAGCUGUCCAAAGCCAGCUGGCCUGGCUUUGAGAAAAGCAAGAGGAAAAGUGAGAGGAAAAAAAAAGCAGGAAAAGAAAGGUACAAAAAGAACAGUGAAAGAAAGUAUUGAGGUUAUAGAAAGUUUCUGGGUGUUAGAAGGAAGUGUGGCCUAGCUGAAGUGAAGACAGAAGUGGAGAAGGCCUUUACAGCAGGCUCUGUGAAGGCAGCUGCAGCAGCACAGUAGAUACAGGAAAAUUUCUUUCCCGAGGAGGAGGAACCAGCAGGAAGCGAAGUGCUGCGCAGGAAGGAAGAGUGCAAGAUUCGAGCUGGACUUUGGGGCCUGAACGAAGUUUGUCUGCGCCGUGAUCACUGGAUAGUGGUGCAAGCACUUCAAGAGAAAGAGAAGGAGAGGCCGAAAGAGAGGAAGAUCGAGAGAGGAAGAGAGAGUGUACAAUGUACUAGUGGAGCGAAGGAAGACAAGCGCGGGUGUUUUUCUGUUAUUCUCUGGGUGCCAGAGAGACUGACUAGGACGCAAAGAUGGGACGGAAGAAGAUCCAGAUCACCCGGAUUAUGGAUGAGAGGAACCGCCAGGUCACCUUCACCAAGAGGAAGUUUGGCUUGAUGAAGAAGGCUUAUGAGCUCAGUGUCCUGUGUGACUGCGAAAUCGCCCUGAUCAUCUUCAACAGCUCCAACAAGCUCUUUCAGUAUGCCAGCACGGACAUGGAUAAAGUCCUGCUCAAAUAUACAGAGUACAACGAGCCUCAUGAGAGCAGGACAAACUCUGACAUUGUGGAGAAAUUAAGAACCAAAGGCCAUAAUGACUGUGCCAGUCCUGAUCCUGAUGACUGUUUUGGCCAUAGUCCCCUCAUGGAUGACCGUUUGGGCAAACUAAAUGAAGAGAGUGAUUUAAUAUACAAGCGCUCUGGUGCCUUAAACAAGAAAGAACACAGAGGCUGCGAUAGCCCGGACCCUGAUGCCUCAUAUGUCCUCACACCCCACACAGAAGAAAAAUAUAAAAAAAUUAAUGAGGAGUUUGAUAAUAUGAUGCGAAAUCAUAAAAUCCCCACAGCUUUGCAGCAGCAGAAUUUCUCCAUGCAUGUGGCCGUGCCGGUGACAAACCCCAACUCCAUGAGCUACAACCCCGGGGGCAUUCUGAGUAGCCAGGGCCUGCCAGCUGCUGCUACAGCCUCUCUAAGCGAAGCCACCAUGCUGUCCCCUCCCCAGACCUCUCUUCAAAGAAACAUGGUGCCUGCUGGUGCCCCCCACAGGCCACCCAGCACGGGCAGUGCAGGAAACGGCUUUGUGAACCCCAGGGGCUCGCCGGGACUUCUGGGUACCAGCAGUGGGAAUGGACUGGGAAAAGUUAUGCCCACGAAAUCACCACCUCCGCCAGGGGGCAACAUGGUUAUGGGGAACCGAAAGCCAGACCUGAGAGUGGUCAUACCGCCGUCCAGUAAGGGAAUGAUGCCUCCACUGUCAGAGGAGGAGGAGAUGGAGUUGAACACUCAGAGGAUAAGCAGCUCCCAGUCAACCCAGCCUCUUGCCACACCAGUGGUGUCCGUCACCACCCCAAGUCUACCACCACAAGGCCUGCUCUACUCUGGCAUGCCAACUGCCUACAACACGGAAUAUUCCCUGAGCAGCGCUGAGCUUUCCUCGCUGCAAGGCUUCGGUUCUCCAGGGCUCUCGCUGGGCUCCAUGUCGGCAUGGCAACAGCACCAACUGGGCCAAGCAGCUCUCAGCUCACUGGUGGGUGGUGGUCAUUUACCUCAGGGCUCCAACCAGUCCAUUAACACCAGCCCGAACCUCACCAUCAAGUCAGAGCCCAUCUCACCUCCACGUGAGCGUGUCACUCCAUCCGGAUUCCCACAACAACAGCAGCAGCCUCCCUCCUCCAGCCGUCCUGACAUGGGCCGCUCACCGGUGGACAGCCUGAGCUCCUCGUGCUCCUCGUAUGACGGCAGCGACCGCGAGGACCCACGUGCUGAUUUCCACUCACCGCCAAUUGGCCUGAGCCGAGCCCUUGCACCUGGAGCCGACGAGCGCCACAGCCCCUCUGUCAAACGCAUGCGUAUGGACUCCUGGGUAACAUAAAAUGACCAGGGAGGGCAAGACAGGCCACAUAGGGGAGAGGGAGUGACCGCCAGAAGCAGGGAGGGUCAUAAUUGCUAUUAUUAUGAUUAUUAUUAUGAUUAUUAUUAUUAUUAUUAUUAUUAUUAUUAUUAUUUAACUUCUUUUUUGUUUGGGAAGGCUGUGGGAGUGGCAAAGAAAAUUCAAGAUAUCCAAACAUUGAAAUUAAAGUUGGACAGUAACUGUUAUUAUUCGAUUAUUUUCAUUUGGCUUGUUCUGAUAGGAGGCGGGCGCAUGGAAGGAAAAAUCAGCUGUCUUGACAUAUUAAUUGACAGAAUUAAUGGUGCAACUGAGUGGUGAGAGAGAAAUCAGUUCUUCAGACUGGUUGGGUUACUUAGAACAGUUGUUAUCAGGUACUUUUAAGCAGUUCCAAUUUAGCGAAAGUCCAACAUUUAAAGGAAAAAAGGAAGAUGUAUGGAGAUGUUUCAGGAUAGUCUUGUCUGGUCUGGUCUGGUCUGGCACUUGUAGUAGCUAUUUCUGCUGUUGAAUGGUUGCACACAGGGUUGCACACAACCAGAGCAAGUUUAGGCCAUUUGCAGCUGGCCUCUUUAAUAAUCUAACUUUAUACACACUUACAAACAUGUUAACUUGUUCAAGAUUGAGUAUGUUUCAAAAAAGGUUUUGGUUUACAAAGGGAGGCUCAUGACUAAAAUAAGAUCACACUUAUACCAUUUAACAUAGGAAGAUGAUUCUCUUAUUUUUGUGCUAUUUGUUUUUGGAACACAACUUUGUUUUCUUUUUAGAAUGAAAAAAUAAGUUAAAAAGUAGCCCAGUUGAACUGGAGACAAGAGUCCUAAAUUAAAAUGCAGCUCAAACAGUGAUUAAAAAAAAAAAAAAAGCCAAAGUACGUUUCUUAGUUAAAGUUUUGGUUUGAAAAUUCUCAUUUCUCUUUCACUAUUCAUUUCCUCUUGGUUCUGUUGUAAUGUAUUUUGUUACAAACUAUGAAAAAAAGAAAUACAAACCAGAUCUUUAAACAGAUAUCUAAAGCCAUGAACACUCUGUGUUCUGUUUGUAAAUUAAAGAUUUGAGCCAAACCUUUCCUUUUGUUAUGUAUAUAGCAACUUUAAUAUAUAUCACCGUCAGUGUAAGUACGUAUGUAUUGUACUUUCACUGGAUUGAAGAAAAAAAAAGUAUAUUUUUGUGGAUUACUGCCAGGUUUACAAGGCGAGAUCCUUAAUAAGUAGAGUAUUCACUGGUUAAUAUUUACUAUUUUGUUAACUAAACUGUACUUUCUUUGAAUCUGACUUAUUACUGCUAUUAAUAAUCAAAGUGUUUUUAUUUGAAAGAAGGAUGUUUUAUGGGUCGCUUUCCCAUUAAUAAUGGUAAUUGUCUGUCCUUAAGAAAUUGUAACAGUGCUGUAAGUUUGAAACUCCACUGUCUCUUUUUUCUCUCUUUUUUUUUGUUUUUGUAAAAGGAAUACUGUAAAAUUAAGGAAAGCUUUUUUUUCUUUCUUUACUGUACACAUUGUGGGAGGGGUUGGCCAAGGCUGCUGAACACACUGCCUACUUUCACAACCAAGGAUUCAUUUCAAGCCUCAAGGCAAUGGCCCUUCAAAUGCCAAUUAGUGACACACAUCUUCUCUCACAGGAAUAACUGACUUGCAUCACAAUUUAAACAGAUUGGUCAAAUGUGAUUGAUAUACUCAAUUCCUUUUCAUGGAACCCUUCAUCAGAGUCACUUAAUGUCUCCAUUAUUAUCUACAUAUUGUAAAUACUAAAACCUAAUACAUACAUACUAUGUACAGAACACACUUCCCAUUUUCAUUUGUUGAAUUGGCUUGCUAGAAUAUUGAUCCUCUCCAGACUGAGAGAGGCCACUCUGGAAGCUCCAGAUGCUCUGUUGUUGUUGUUGUUGGUGUUGGUGUGUGUGUGUGUGUGUGUGUGUGUGUGUGUGUGUGUGUGCGAAUCUCAGUUUUCGCAUCUAUCGCUCCAUACUGAGGCUCUUUCGUCCAUGCUUCUUUCGCCUGCCUCGCACCUCACUGCCCCCUUCAGCUGGAAGAAGCAUCAGGGGAUUCAGCAGCAAAAAGACAGUUCAAAUGCUAGACAAUGCAAAACCAAUCUCUCUGCUGGAUUGCACAUGUUUGUACAGUCAGGUUUGGCAAAAAAAGGCUUCCUCUCUUUAAAUUUGCUAUCUAUUUCCCCCCACUUUGUGUGCUCUCGUCCCCUUUUUAGAUACCUCUCUGCCUUAACAGGCACCAUAGCAGCUGGCAAUAAGCUGAUGUUAAUCUAUGCAGUCUCUGAACACACAGCCCAGCACACAGCACCAUUAAGAAGGCUCUUUCACACAGCAUUUACAAUAAUAGGAUUUAGAAUUAAAAUUGGUUAUCAUCAUCUGCCCAUUAAAGACAUUUCCUUGUUUAUGAACAGCAUCCUCUGUAUGUGCACAGUUGAGAAAAUGACUGUUAACCUUAAACCCUUAAGUGCUUGUAUAUUAAGAAGGCACACUAUUUUAUUGGCUACUUUAUAAGUACCACAGAAAGCCAUUUCAUGCUGAGUAACCUUAAUGCAGACCCUGGUGUGUAUAGCUUUCCCUGCUUUGGUGUGGGAACAAGUUUAGCGGAAAAGCGACGUUUCAAAAAGUUCAUUAGAAAUCCAUUUUGAUGAUGUCUAUCACUAAUGUGUUACAACAAUUAAUGCCUUUCAGGGUAGAUAAGCAAUAAUGCAAUAAUGCCAUUGCAGUGCUGUAAACUGCACUGUGGAGUAACGAUAUGCAGGGCACUUACAUUGACACACACACGCACACACACAAGCUAGAUUAGGAAUCAGGGAGUUUUUUUUGUGCACAGUUUAGAGCUUUAUUCCGAAGAGUUCUAAAUCGUGCAUGAUAUUUCUCAUCAACAUUUCAUUCCCAAUGUUAAAAAAACAAGCAAACAAACAAAAAAAAAGGCUGGACAAAGUGCCAGUUUGUCUAUCAAUUCCCCCCGCAGACACAUGCAAAAAAUACACAUAGGAAAUCUAAAGAGAGGAAGUUGCUCGUCUUGGUCUGAGUGCUGCUUACGACAUCACAAAAUGAACUGAAUGUGAAAUGAAGGGUUUCAGGAGGAAAACAAUUUGUAGAGAACUUCACUUUGCUGUGCAAGAGUAAACUGCUUUGCUUUAUGGCUUUUUCUAAAGACGGAACUAUGUAUUUGGUAAUUGUUUGUAGUUACUAGUUCAAUUCAAGAAGCUGUUUGCGGUUUGGAUGCUCAAACCGUUUGGCGGCACAAGCUGGACUUUGUUGCCAUGAAUGAAAUGAAAUGUUUUAGAUGGAAAAAAAAAAAAGAA